GGCCACCUUACCAGGAAGCUUCAUCAAUUUACCAAAUGCAGUCCCUUGAAUAUAUUCCUCUUUUCCGUUUCGUUUCUCUUCCGUGAAUUUUCUGUUCUCAGGUUUCGGAUUCCCUCGUCGUCUGUUCUUCGUGUUUAGGAGUCGCUCCUGCUUGUUCAGUCGAAUUUCUGGAGGUUUCUGUCACUUUCUCGCGAAACUUUUCCGCUAGAUCAUGUCUUGCUGCUUCGGAAGCUCGCUCACCAAUUUCGAACGCUUUCUUCAAUGUAUCACUCCGGUGGUUCCUUCGAAGAAUGUUUCUCAGAGCUGCAUUAGUGAUCUGAAUACCCGGGGGCAACCUCUUGGCAAGGACACAGUUGAGUACUUCACAUUGAAAGAUCUGUGGGACUGUUACAAGGAGUGGAGUGCAUUUGGUGCUGGAACAAAUGUGAUGUUGGAAAGUGGUGAAUCUGUGAUGCAAUUUUUUGUUCCUUAUUUAUCAUCCAUCCAUAUCUACAGCGACAAACCUGUUGCGCCUUCUAGGAACAGGAGAGAAGAGGGUGAUGGAGUUGAACUCGAAAGCGACACGUGGAGUGAUGACAGUGGAAGUGACAAUUCAUCUCCAUCAUUAAGUAACAACUCGAGCAAAUCAUGGGAUGCUGUGUCUGAGGACUCAAAUUGUGACCAAGACGGUUCAUGGUCGAGAAAGAAUAGGCCUGGCUACCUCUAUUUACAGUACACAGAGGUGUCUUCGCCUUAUCAGAGGGUUCCACUUGUGCAGAAGAUAGAUGAGUUAGCAAGAACCCAUCCAGCAUUAAUGACCCUGAGAAGUAUUGAUCUUUCGCCGGCAAGUUGGAUGGCAGUUGCUUGGUACCCUAUAUAUUCCAUACCAAGUGUGAAGAACGAAAAGGACUUGGAAACAUGCUUCCUUACAUACCAUACAUUGUCUUCGUCUUUCCAAGAUAACAUGGAGGAAUACCAAGACAUUGAGUUAGGGAAAUGCAUGUGUUGUUGUUGUGGUGGUGGCGCACAGAAGAAGGAGCCGGUAGGAGAGAAAUUGACGGGUGGCGGUGGCGGGUGGAUGUCGGUGCCGCCAUUCGGAGUGGCAACAUACAAAAUGCAGGGGGACAUAUGGGUGAAUCCUGAGUCCUGGGAUUCUGAGAGGCUAACCUUUCUUUAUGGUGCCGCUGAUUCAUGGCUGAAGCAACUCAAUCUUUAUCACCAUGACUUCAACUUUUUUACCUUUCACUCCGCCCUGUAA